UUUUCCGUCGGUCUUGCAGGUUUUAGGCAGUUUCGGGUACUUAUUUACCAGUGUAACAGCGCGACGUAUUUCGGAAUUCCAUGGCUUGAAGCGAUUUCUCCAACGAAAAUUUCUUCAAUGAAUCUGUGAACUUUAUAUUUAUCGAGUGAUGCUCGAUAUAAUUCAGAAAUAUUGAGCAAAGGCUUUAUUCUCUGUGAAACCCUUUGUUACCGAAAUAAGUCAAGCGCCAAGGAUUUAGAAUUUUGUCGGAAUAAUAGCAGUGGAGUGAAUUAAUAUCCGAAAAGGAAAACCUACCGGAUUAAAAUGAGUGAUCGCAUGAACCAAGUUAUUCAGUUAUGGAAAGAAUUCAAUCUGAGUCAGUACCAAAGGAAUCUGGACAAAACUGCGUCCGAAAUUGCCGACAGACAAGACGCUUCCGAGUCUUCGCGGAAGAAGCUCGUGGAACUGAGUAAAACUUUCCGGAAGGAGUCGAGUGAAGAUGUUCGCAAGGCCGUUGCGGACGUUCUCAAAAAUUUCCAGCUGGAGGUGGACAGCUUGUCUCAGCGAAGCAAAGCUGCGGAAGUGGCGUUUUUGAACGUUUACAAAAAGUUGCUGGAUUUACCGGACCCUGCCCCAACUUUUGCGCAAUUGCCCGCAUUGCAGGAGCGUGCAGCGAAAAUUGUCGAGUUGGAAACUGAGAACGAACGACUGAAAGCCAAAAAUAAGGAAUAUGAAGCUGAAUUUCAGGAUUUACGAAAUCAGGAAGUCACGGUCAAGCAACUUCGCGAACGCGUCAAGUCUCUGGAGACUGAGAUGGAAUCCUCUAUCCAGUCCCACGGCGAAGAAGCUCGCAAGCGUAUCGAAGAAGAAUUCGAAGACCGUGAGCAGUCCAUGAAGGAAAAUCUGGCCGUUUUGUCCAAGCGCCUGAGUGAGUCUGAACGACGCGUUCUCCAACUGCAGAAAGCUUUAGAUGCGUCCCAGUCGGAAGUUUUCGAAGCCAGAACAUUCGACGAAGUCAAGUCCCAGGCCAAGUCUGAAGAGGUUGACAUAAUCCUGUGUGACUUGGAAAAGGCGACUUUGCGAGCAGUGGCUGCAGAGAAAACGUGCGAAGAGCUACGAGCUGUUAUAGACGAAAUUAAUCGUCCGGGUGACGAAGCUGCCGCUCGGGACAUUCAUGAACUCGGCAAGACUGUAAAGAGUUUGCAGAUCGAGUUGUCUGCCAAGGACAAAGAUCUAGAACGUCUCGUCGAAGAAAUAGCCAAACUGAAGACCUUUUCGGAAUCGGAAAACGAUCGCCUGACAACUGAACUCCAACGAGCGCUUCUGGACCUCCAAGAAUCCAAGACUGCGCUCAAGGACGCGCAGAAUCUUCUGGAAGACCGAGAAGAUUACGAAGACCUAAAGAAAGAGGUGCAAACGUUUAGAUCAGUAGAAUUCGGAGCGGAUUACGAAGCUGAAGGGGGAAAAGUCCCGAAAAAGCCGCUGGAAGUAUUGCUAAUGGAAAAGAAUAAGCGACUGCAAGCCACUUUAACUUCGAUAAAGGGAAAGUAUGCGGAACUGACUGCAAGAGCCCAUGAAGUCGAAGUUGAAAAUCAACGCCUGGGACAGUUGACCAAAAAUCAGCGAGAUCUUGUCACCAAAUUGGAACAAGACCUUGCAAACGUGCAGAACGUGUCGCUGCUUUGCCGCGGGGAAGGCGAAGGUCAGCCAUCUUCGGAAUGGGUCCUCGAAGCAGUCAGCGACCUGGGAACUUCCCCGGAACCCUCGAGAUCCUCAACGUCCCCCUAUGGUAUGCUGGACCCGGGUGCUGCAGCUGAAAACAUACUUCCAAUCAUUUCAGCACAACGCGAACGAUUCCGCGAACGCAACCUCGAACUGGAAGCUCGCAACUCCCAACUUCUAGAACAGAUGACGCUGCUUCAAACGGAACUCGAAUCCUUGCGAGGAGACAACUUGAAACUUUACGAGAAGAUUCGAUUUUUGCAAAGCUACUCCUCGUCUUCUUCUUCGUCGCAGUCUGUCGUGAUCAACACAGCUGCUGAAGACCGAUGGGCGUCUCAGUAUGAGGCCAAGUUGGAUCCGUUCUCGUCGUUUUCUAAAAAGGAACAAAUGCGGAAGUACGCCGGAUUGUCGCCGUAUGAGAAAUUCACGCUCAGCAUGGGACGAGCAAUCUUGUCAAACAAAACGGCGAGACUAAUGACGCUGUUCUACACUUUUUUGCUUCACGGGUUGGUGGUGUUGGUGUUGUACAAGUUGGCGUACACUGAGGAUUGCAAGCAAGAAGCAGCGGCCGAUUGUGUAAAAAGAUUCGCGGAACAUAUGGCUCAGGAUAUUGUGUACAGUCGGUCGAUUCCGGGUGGACUUCCUUCCGGAAGAAGAAUUGUCAUCCAAGGAAGAACUCGAUUGUCCACCAGAAAAUUCGGGUUUCGUCUCACUGCAGGAACGGGGCAGGUGAGCGACGACGUUUUGCUCUUCCUAGAAAUCCGAUUCGAUGAGCGAGCCAUUGUGAAGAACUCUUACAUUGGUGGUCGCUGGGGACAAGAAGAGCGAGCACAUCUGGCCAGUCCUUUCCCCGACAGAAGGUUCACAUUGACCGUCGUUCAUGAAGCCAGUGGUUUCCAAAUCCUUUUGGAUGGAUCCCCGAUCACGGAUUUCAGACACAGGACGGACCCGAAUCGCGUGCAGCACCUGAUUGUCGACGGUGAUGUGAACGUGGACGACGUGUCCUUUGAUUCGAAUCACACUUCUCAGUAUCCUGGGGCGCCUUAUUCUGCCGGCCCAACUGCGCCUUUGUACCCGUCUGUACCCGGUGCUGUGCCGCCUGUGGGUUUCAAUACUGAGCCUGCCGGAUACCCGAUGCCUGGAGGGCCGGGUUAUCCCAUGGGUGGACCUGGUUACCCUACCGGUGCUGGACCAGGGUAUCCUAUGUCAAGUAGUCCGAGUGAGUGA